UGAUGCUCUCACUCGAAAGUGUGUGUGUGCGCGCUCAGUCAUCCGAAAAGGAUACAGGAAAAGAUGGUGAAGGCCUUUGCUUUGCUUUCUCUGCUUUGUCUGCAUGUUGUGGUCAGUGUGAGUGCAAAAGAUGCUACGAGUGUCGGCGAGGAUGAUAAGAAGACGUUGGUAGGUGGCGGCAAGGGAGGAGGGUCCGGAGGUGGCUUCGGGGGAGGAGGUGGAGCUGGUGGUGGCUUUGGAGGUGGGUUCGGUGGUGGAGCUGGUGGAGGAGGUGGGUUUGGAGGUGGAGGUGGUGGUGGUGCCGGCGGUGGGGGUGGCUUAGGUGGUGGUGCUGGUGGUGGUGGUGGAGUAGGCGGUGGGUUCGGUAAGGGUGGUGGUGUAGGCGGCGGCAUUGGGAAAGGCGGUGGUAUUGGUGGUGGGAUUGGUAAAGGAGGCGGCUUUGGUGGUGGCAUUGGAAAAGGAGGUGGAGUCGGUGGAGGCAUUGGCAAGGGUGGAGGUGUCGGCGGUGGUGUUGGAGGUGGGUUCGGCAAGGGUGGCGGAGCUGGUGGUGGGUUUGGUAAGGGUGGUGGGAUUGGCGGUGGGAUAGGAAAAGGAGGCGGAGUUGGUGGAGGCAUUGGCAAGGGUGGAGGUUUUGGCGGUGGUGCAGGAGGAGGAUUCGGCAAGGGUGGUGGAGUUGGCGGUGGCUUUGGUGGCGGCAUCGGAAAAGGAGGCGGAGUUGGUGGAGGCAUUGGCAAGGGUGGUGGGUUUGGAAAAGGAGGGGGAAUUGGAGGUGGCAUUGGGAAAGGUGGCAGGAUCGGCGGUGGGAUCGGAAAGGGCGGAGGGGUUGGUGGUGGUGUAGGAGGAGGUUCUGGAAUAGGCGGUGGUAUUGGUGGAGGUGUCGGAGGAGGAAUUGGAAAAGGUGGCGGAGUCGGAGGAGGCGUAGGCAGCGGAGUUGGGGGCGGUGCCGGAGUUGGAUUUGGCAAAGGUGGAGGAGUAGGCGGAGGGUUUGGUAAGGGUGGCGGCAUCGGUGGAGGAAUUGGAGGCGGCGCCGGUGGAGGCUUCGGGAAAGGCGGUGGCUUCGGAGGCGGGAUCGGGAAGGGUGGCGGAUUUGGGGGCGGAGUUGGAGGAGGCUCGGGCGGAGGAAUUGGCGGGGGAUUUGGCAAGGGGGGAGGAAUAGGGGGAGGCUCUGGAGGCGGCUUCGGUGGAGGUGGGGGGGGAGGCGGCGGCGGCGGCGGCUUCGGAGGCGGCGGGGGUGGUGGAAUUGGACACCACUGAAACAUUCUCGCUGAAUGCAUGCAUGCAUGCAUGCAUGCAUGCAACUCCUGGAAAGGAAUAGGGUUGGGAGUAAGAGUCAUGGAGCAUAUGGCCGAAUAAUUCAGCGUUUACCAUGUCAGAUGUCACCUUAAUUUCGAUUUUCACUAUGUGUCCAAAUGUAUCGUUGUCGGUCCAUGUUGGGUUGGGAUUGGUGUGUGUCGGGCCCAAUUCCUAGAACGAAAGGGCAGAAAUUGCUAGCAAUUUCCCGUUUGUUUAUGUCACCAAUUUGGCAAUUUCUAAUAGAGAAUUUGUUCUUAAUAUA